CCCUCCCAACCCAUUCGAGAAGGUGACAUAAGCCGACAGCGAUUUACUCCUGUAGCUAACACCACUGUGCUGUCGGAAAUCUGGCUAAGUCAGCGCGCGUAUAUGACGGUGUACAAAUGUUCAUGGAAGUUCAGUAACCACUGCAUUGCCGAAUGACCAUGCACUGCUGUUGGCUGUGACAACUGUGACGAAUCUCCAAACAAAAAAUCAAGGGUGCUAAGGUUGCUAUGCUUUGGUUGGCCAAGCUAAUGAUGACUAUCAAGAAAGAAGAUUAGAAGAUAAGAUCAGAGUUAAUGGAAAAACUGCCUCAGAAUCUCUAAGAAAUAUCUACACAAGGCUCUUGUCUAUAAAGAUAGGAGAAAUCAUUUCAUCAAGACAGUGAAGGGAGGCAACUUUGAACCCUGGAGAAAGAGAACUUGAUUGAGACAGAGAGAGAUAGGCUCUAGGGUAGCGACAGAGAAGCUAAAGUGUAACCUAUUGGGUAUAAAUUCUCUUGGAGAACAUUUUUCUCAAGAAAAGCACUGCUAUGUCUGCAAAAGAUAAAAAAGGUUCAUGCAAAUUAUUCACGGUGAACCACUUGCUUCAGAAGGACAGUGCUUCAGAAAAUCAGAAACACACGAGAAGAUUCCCUGAAAGUUUGCAUCGAGAAAACGGAAGCACCGCCGCAUCAACAAAUCAUGUAAUUGGUGCUUCGGCAAAGCGUGAUCGAAACUCUCAAGCACUGAAUCUUGCUGAAAGACUAGCAGAUGUAAUUUUUGAAGCCCGAUAUCACACGCAUAGCAGAAAACAUCGAAGAGUGAGAACAGCAUUCUCGCACCAGCAACUCGCGGCACUGGAACACGCGUUCGAGGCAAACCAUUACCCGGACGUUGUGAUGCGGGAACAACUGGCCGCAUACACGGGCCUACCUGAGGCAAGGAUUCAGGUUUGGUUCAAGAAUCGUCGAGCCAAACACAGAAAGCACCAAAAAACAUGCUCUCCUUCGCAAUAUUUUACUCAUUCCCAGCUCAGUCAUCAUGCAACUCUACCGGGAUGCAUGCAGUGGGCACCAUUGUCUCCCUUGCAAGUUUAUCAGAAGGCACCCUCCUACUCCUAUGGCACAGACAGAUUGUGCGACUUCGGGCACAGCUGUACGAAAACUCUUCCUUGUCUUGGCACUACGGGUUUCAGUGGAAUACAGUUUUCGAGCCUGCAAAACCAGGGUCUAUACCAUAUCACUAACCAACAAUACAUGGAUAAGACACUGCUUAGUCGUUCAAUAGCAUCUAACGGACCAUAUCAAGACCGACUACGAGAAAGUGCCUUGCUCACGGCAGAGAAGGACGCUAGCAAAGGAAGCGGUUCAACUUUCCGGAAGAGCAGCAUCAACAACCUACGUAGAAAGGCAACCUUAUUUUCGACUAACGGGUUUUUGGUUAAAGACGGACUUGAUGACGAAGAGGACGAAGAUUGACUAACCAUCUACAGGAAGAGAAGCAGAACAUUUUUUGGCUGC